AUGCAAACUGAAAGCACCACAGACAACCAUUCCAAGCACUGUCUGCACAACGUUGGAGUAAAACACAGGCUUUCUCUUUCAUUUUCUGAAGAUAUCAAUUUUGAAAAAUUUCAAAUCUUCAACAUUCCGCUAAAAACAACGUACAUUGCAGUGUAUAAGAAUACUCUCCUUGCCAAGUGCAGCAAUACACUUAAAAUCUUCUCGUUUGAUUCAAACAUGACACUUAGACUACUGCAGUCCCAUAGUAUGUGUUUUACGUCGUAUAUCUCUCAAUACCUGCCUGAAUCUGCACUAACAUUGUCGUACAAAAUCAUGUUAAACCUACUAAAUGACGGAAUUUCGUUCAAAAAAGCCGAAGAGUGUCUGUGCAGACUAAUGGACGAGUUAGAAUUUGACAAAAUUGCAAAGACACAAAUUUCUAGCAACGGUGUUUUAAUCACCUACAAGGGUGGCAACAGGAGAUAUUUUAACUCUGAAAUGGAUGAAGUAUCAGAAAAUGCUCGAGUGCUGCCUGCCAAUAAUAUUUCAGUUAAAGUAUCUAAAAAUGAUAUCGAAGUUAGAACGAAUUGCGAAACUGUAAUCAAGAGGAGCUUUGGACGAGCAUUAAAGACUUUAUCUGACGAAAACUUAGUGUUUCUACUAAAAGAAGAUUCUUUAAUUGCAAUAGUGUUUGAUAUCAAUCAAUAA